AUGUGUCAUGUCAUUGUCACCUGCCGCUCCAUGCUCUGGACCCUCCUGAGCAUUGUGGUGGCCUUCGCGGAACUCAUCGCCUUCAUGAGCGCGGACUGGCUCAUCGGCAAAGCCAAGACUCGCGGCAACUCCGAGCCAGGUGACGAAGCGAGCAGGGGCCCCCCAGAGCCCUACCAUCCCACCCUGGGCAUUUAUGGCCGCUGCAUCUGGAACCCCGGGAAGCAGCACUUCCAGAGGGAGACGCUGUGCGGACCCUACGCCGAGAGCUUCGGCGAGAUUGCCAGCGGCUUCUGGCAGGCCACCGCGAUUUUCUUAGCGAUGGGCAUCUUCAUUCUCUGCACGGUGGCCUUGGUGUCGGUCUUCACCAUGUGUGUGCAGAGCAUCAUGAAGAAGAGUAUCUUCAACGUCUGCGGACUGCUGCAAGGAAUCGCAGGUCUGUUCCUUAUCCUUGGCCUGAUACUCUACCCUGCUGGCUGGGGCUGUCAGAAGGCCGUGAGCUACUGCGGACACUACGCGUCAGCCUACAAGCCUGGAGACUGCACCUUGGGCUGGGCCUUCUACACCGCCAUCGGCGGCACGGUCCUCACCUUCAUUUGUGCUGUCAUCUCUGCGCAGGCAGAAAUCGCGACCUCUAGCGACAAAGUCCAAGAAGAAAUCGAAGAGGGGAAAAACCUUAUCUGCCUCCUCUAGCGUGAGACAGGCAGUAUUGCCAAUUCUUCCUCGUGUAACUGUGUCCGACAGUCCCCCUCUGGUUUCCUCAUUUAAGUGGAGAACUAGCCUUUACCACAAGCCACAUUCCACAAACCUGAUCCUUCCAGGACCAGAGAGGGGCAACUUCCAGCUCAGUGACUGCACAUGAGGCCCGCGGUGCAAAUGAGAUGGGACAGAAAAAGAGUACAGACUUGGACGUGGAGUUGGCAACUUCCGUGAGACUCUCUCUCCAAGGGUCAAUGAAGGAUUAUUAAAUAAUUAAGAGAAGCAGUUUCUUUGAGAACAGAAAUAAGUAACUCCUAGAUAGAUGUCGAGGCUCUUUUGAGAUAAGUUGUUGCUACAAGGCCAUAUGCAUGCCUGUGAGCCUCAGAAUCAAAGUUUGGUGUAAUCGUUCAAGUUGUCUUAGAGAUCUCAGCCAAGAAUACAAAGAAUAUCAAGUUCUGACUCUUGGUUGGCUGACCAGAGUGGUCAGCAGGCACCUUGCAGAAUCUCGCUGUGGGACUUCUUCUCAGUUCCAGGUUACAAUGGAUCAAAUGAACUGUCACUCCAAGUUUUGAAAUAUGAGUCAAGAAGAAAUAGACGUGUAGGCUCAUGAGAAUCCAAGGACAACAUCCAGCUAGUGAAGAUGGAGUCACCCCACUUCCCAGCUCUGCUUUCUUCCCAGUACGGGUCUGCUCUCUCGAGCCACUGAUGUGGGGGUGGGGGGCACGUGAUUUUUCUCCGACUAGGAUUGCACUUUGACUGCCGAAGGAAACCUCACUCUGUCUCCUCACUUUUAAGAACAGAGGUCUCCAAGCCAGCUGUGGUUCAGCCAGACGUUCACUUGGUGGAGAUCUUGCCACAGUCUCGACGCGUGUGCAAGACCUUUCCCCACUCUCCCUAACAGUGCUGGCUGUACUCAGCAUCUUGACUGAUGGCACCAUCAGCAACAGAAUGGUAUUAUUUGCAAGGGGGGGGGGGGGAAGGAGCUAUUCAUGGGGGUUAAGAUUUUUUGAGUUACUGGCAUUAACCUGAGUUCAGACUUAAACCACUUGAAACUGCUUUACCUGGUGAGUUGUAGCACAGGCUUCAUCCCAGGAAAACAGAGUAGAGAGCUCACCUGAACACAGUGUCACAGGCUCAUAGCACCUGCCUACACCUGUUUAAAAAGGAAAAACAAAUUUAACACCAAUAUUAAAAAGGUUUGGGGAGCUUCUAAAUGUUUCCAUAAAUUACUAAUCUUAUUGAUUGGGGGGGGGGAGGGGAAGCGAUUAACCAUCACCUCAGUUUGACUUUGGAAUUAUCGGAUUAGCCAGAAGAAACUACUGUGGCAUCGCCCUGAGUUUUGAAAUUCCAGAACGGCAUACGCUCUUUAACAGCUGAAGCAGAUGGAUGAAAGGAUUCAGACUAGAGGUCUCUUUGGGGCUUUCUUUAAUCUGUUUAGCUGCAGCCUUGCUUUGAAAAAUUCACAAGUGCACUUUCUUUGGACAAGAUAAUCAUGGGCUCAGUACUAUCAGGUGUGGGACUCAGGUGUUACAUGAAUUUGAACAAGCGAGUCAUCUUUAAACUGGGUGAACCUAAAAUCAUGCCUCGGGAGAGGGGGAAAUAGCAUAAUGGUUAUGCAAACAGACUUUCAUGCCUGAGGCUCACACCACCAUAAGCCAGAGCUGAGCAGUGCUGUGGUUAAAAAUAAAUCAAUAAGAUCAUACCUUGGUGCAGAACAAAUGAUUGCUUUAGAGAGAGAGAGAAAUAAAGCCUUGUUACACUCAGGCCUUUGGCCUACACCAGAAGCCACCUUAUCAGCACAGGAGUGAAGGCUCAGGAAAGCUAAGGGUGUAGAGCCAGAUCCUAGGGAACUCACGAUUCUUUACCCACAAUGAAGAGUGAUUUGGAAAGCCUAUGACUUUUUUUUUAAGGCAAGGAAGGGGUAAACGGGUAUCAACAAAGUUGGGGCACAUCAGCCCUCUCUCUGAUACCACACAGAAACAGUGGCACUGGGUGGGCUCUUGUUGCCAAGUGUGUGUCAACACAGUUUAACCAAGUUCUAAUGCUACCAUAAAUCUCGGUAGCAAAUCACAUGGGAAGAUUCUUUUUUUUUUUUUUUUUUUUUCCUGUACAAGGUCAAGAAUCCACUUGCUCACUUUUCAUCCUCACGCAGGUUUGGCUAGAGUCCCUGUGUCCCCCUUAGAUCAUCAACCUGACCACUGUCACAAGUGAAAAAGGACGUCCCAGCCAGAACACCACUUAGCAGUGUUCGCUCUGCAGCGACCUGAAAAGUACUAAAGCAGCACAUGAAAAUAGCAAAAAUAAAAAAAAAGAACCAAAAAAAAAAUUGAAAAAGAACCUCAAACCACUUAAAACUGCCUAGACAGAGUAGGACAAUCUUGUGCCUAUAAUCCUUAAAUUCAUCGGUUGGGGUGGUGAGCCAUCCAAAAACCAUACAAUUGCGAUUCGAAAAUGCACAGCUGUUUCGCAGCAAUCUGACUGCUGGCCCAGACCGGUUCAGCCAACAGAUGUUUAUCAGCCACCUAACUGCCUCUGUCUGAAAACUGAAUAGACCGGGCACAUCAUUACCACCAGAACACACACUUCCCUGCAUUUUUCAAGUUUCUUAGUGGGCUGGACUUCUCAAUGGACUCUGAGACAGAAACACUUGCCAUGGAUUAUUUAAACCUGUGUGCUAACUCAACAUUACUGUUUUCAGACGUCUGUGGUGUAAUGAUCUGUUAAUCAUGUGUUCUGCAAAGUGCCGUAGUCUUUUUAAUGUGUAGCGCGUUUGAAAAAAAUUAUGUAUAUUCUACAUACACAAGUCUGUGUGGAAGAUGUGCAAUAACAAAGGAGUAUGUGUUUUCUUUUCUUUUCUUUUUUGAAACUGGACAGGAGUCAGGACAGAAUGUUUCUGUUUUGGCAAAGGAGAGACAGUUUUGCCAUCAUGGGCCUAGUCAUUAACCCAUAACGAGUCGACUGCUACACAAACUGAUGUGAAGAAAAGACUGGUAUGAAAUCACUUUUUCCUGGGUCUGAGUUCAUCACUAGGUUUGUGCAAAAGCUGUAGCCAGCAAGCCAGGCCCAGUUACUGCGAGUCUUUCACGUGAAAUGCGAAGCUGCCACUCUCCCUUUGCUUUGCAGUGUGACGAUUUGUACUUGGUACAUGACCACUAAGGAGCUACUUCUUGACAUGCCUUCACGGGCCAUGGUAACGUCAGACCGCUGUUUAAGGGCUGGUGUCACACCUGCUUAGCCAUCAGAGUCUGACUCAGAACAGACCUCUCUGUGCAAUAAUGUGGCCCCUGGAAGUCCCCAGCCUGUAUUUGUGCUUGUGCAGCAAUGGCUGCCAAGGGCUAAAAGAGUUAAGUCAAGACCGGGAUUUCUGCCGAGACUGGUGAGACUCCUUCCAAGGCUGGCAGUGUCCUUAGGUGCUUUGGAGGAAUUCAGUUCCACUUGACAUUCAACAGUCACCUGAGCCAAAUAGAAACUUGUAUUUACCCUGAUGGACUCUGUUGGAGCCUUCAAGUUUGUAUAUUGUAAACUAAUAGGCUGACUAGGUUCGUGUGUGUGUGUGUGUGUGUGUGUGUGUGUGUGUGUGUGUGUGUGUGUGUGUGAGUGAUUUUCACAACAUGCUCCUCCCCAGCCCCAGAUCUGAAUUAAACCAGAUUUUGCAAACUCA